AUGUUAAAUAUAAUAGAAUUAUUAAUAAUCUUUUUAAGUAUAUUAUUAGCUGUAGCAUUUUUAACUGUAGCUGAGCGUAAGACUAUGGGUUAUAUGCAGCGUAGAGUUGGACCUAAUGCUGUAGGUUAUUUAGGAGUAUUAAUGGCUAUAGCUGAUGCUGCUAAAUUAUUAUUAAAAGAAAUAAUUAUACCUACACAUGCUGAUAAAUUUAUAUUAAUAAUAAGUCCUAUGAUAGCUUUAAUAAGUUCUUUACUUAGUUGAAGUGUUAUACCUUUUGCACCUGGAGUUACUAUAUAUGAUAGUAAUUAUGGAUUUAUAUUAACUUUAGCUAUUAGUAGUAUAGGUGUGUUUGGUACUCUGUUAGCUGGUUGAUCUGCUAAUAGUAAAUACUCUUUAUUAGGUAGUAUUCGUUCUACUGCUCAAUUAAUUAGUUAUGAAUUAAUAUUAACUACUAUUAUAUUAAUAUGUAUAUUAUUAGCUGGUACUAUGAAUUUAAGUAAAUAUAUAGAAUUACAAGAAUCUAUAUGAUUAGGUAUACCAUUAUUACCUAUAAGUAUUAUAUGAUAUAUAGGUUGUAUAGCUGAAACAGCUAGACCUCCAUUUGAUACUGUAGAAGCUGAAUCUGAAUUAGUAUCUGGUCAUAUGACUGAAUAUUCAUCAUCUAUAUUUGUAUUAUUCUUUUUAUCUGAAUAUGCAUCUAUAUUAUUCCUUUCUACAUUAACAGCAAUAUUAUUCUUCGGAGGUGGUACUGGUGUUAUUUUAGCUAUUAAAGCUAAUGUAUUUGCAUAUGGUUAUAUUUGAGUACGAGCUACUUUACCUAGAGUUAGAUAUGAUAGAUUAAUUCAUCUUUGUUGAAUGGUAUUCUUACCUUUAUUAUUCGGUUUAAUUAUAUUUAUACCUUCUUUAAUUUAUACUUUAGAUAGUAUAAUCUUAUUAUAA